UACUGUAUGACGUAAAGGGCAAACGACGUCGUAAAUCGGAGUCUUCUGCAUUCAGCAGUGGCAAGUAGAAACCCUCAAACGAUCAAAUUCACAAUUUCAAUUUGGUUUAAACCUCUUGCGAUUCACAGUCUCCUCCUUAUGGCUGGGAGAAACCGGAUGCCCCACCACCCUGAUAGUUUCCGAGGUGCCCAUGAAGAUCCACGUUCACUUCCACACGGGAUGCCAAUGCCACUUCCUCCACAUCCUGCGGUACUGGAAGAGGAACUUGAGUUCCAACACAGAGACAUUCAGAGGCUCCUUACUGAGAAUAGACAUGUCAUUGAUGACAAUGUGAUGCUUCAGAGGGAUUUGACUUCUGUGAAAGAUGAAAUUCACAGAUUGAAUCAGGUUAUCCCGAAAAUGCAUGCUGAUAAAGAGGCCAGAAGAAGGGAACUGAUCGAGAGGGCAAUGAAACUAGAGGCUGAACUUCGCUCCGCUGAACCUCUGAGAGUAGAGAUUGUGCAAUUAAGGGCGGACACACAGAAAUUGAGUGCACAAAAUAAGGAACUAUCGUCCCAGGCUCAAAAUAUGACAAAGGAUAUUAAUAGACUUCAAUCUGAAAAUAAGCAAGUAGCUCCUAUGAAGUCUGACAUUGAUAAGAUGCGCAAAGAGCUGGUUGAUGCGAGGAGGGUAUAUGAAUAUGAGAAGAAAGGAAAUGAAGAGUUGGCAGAACAAAAUAGAGCCAUGGAGAAAAACCUUAUUGCAAUGGCUCGAGAAAUUGAAAAGCUGCGUGCUGAACAAGCAAGUGCUGACAGGAGGGGUGCUGGAGGAUAUGGACUUCUGAAUGGGAGCCCUGAAACAAGAUACCCAGGCCCAUAUGGGGAUGUAUAUGGCCCUGGCCCCUGGGGAUCAUACGACAAACGCGGUGGUCCUCCACGACGUUAAUCCUUGUUCAGGGUCUGAAUUAUGGUAACAUAGUUAAUUCCCUCUAACGAAGUCAUGAAAUGGGAGUUUUACUUUUUCCGGCCUGGUAUUGUUUACGGCUUUCUGUUAUGAGUUAUGACAAUAAUCCCAAUGAGUAAAAUACUAGAUGCAAAUCUGAUCUUUGGUGCCAAGUAUAAAGGGAAAAGAAAAACAUAUCUUUGUGUGUAAAUUUGGUAGAGGACGUUCCAUAGAUUUAACUUUUGCUACUUCUCUUCUUGAAUUUAAACAAGAAAGUCUAUGCUACUCCAUUGCAUUA